AAGCAAACGAUAAAUCAAGAUGCAUCAAUUCAUCCGACUGGUUUCUAUUCUGUCUGUGGCACUCCUAAGUGUCUCUGCUGGCCCCGCAGAUCAGAGUCUGUUCCGCAUGGUCAUGGCUCCCUUUACCGGAGAUGUACGCGCUCUAUCACCCGCUGGCACAACCUGUGCCAAUAACUACAACAAUGCCACUAGCAAGACUGUGGAUCAACUUACCAAUGCCACCAAUGCCUGCGAGGAGGCUGCCAAUCGCACAAUUGUGGCCAAUAAUUUGAGCAGCAACUCCUCGGUGACUACGGUCCGCAGCCAAUUACUCCAAUUGGAACAGAACUUGCAGCUAUGCAAAAACUUAACCGACUCCGCUCUCUACCUAAACUGCACUGUUGCCUAUUUUGAAAAGAAUUUGCAACUCUUGGAUAACUCCAACACGCUGGCUUACCAGAGCAUUUCGCAGUUCUCAUCCAAUAACACACUUGUGGAGGCUGAGCGGGCUAAUUGCAUCAGCGCUGCUGUCAGUCAGGCCAAAGUACAGAACAUUCAGUCGGCCAAUGAUUACGACACCUGCAUGAGCAAGGUUCCAGCCCAGAGGGAGUUCAUGGCAUCUCACCCACAGGAGUCUCAGGAGCACCACGAGCAUGAACAUGAGCCUGAGCAUAAGCAUGAGCACGAAGAAGAUUCGGAAGAAGUUCACGGAGAUGUUGAGGGAGAAGAAAACUAAACUUUCAUAUCAGUUUGAAUAAAUAUUGCA